GAGAGAGAGAGAGAGAGCGGGGCAGAGAGGGUCGCGGCGCCCACCGUCCCCUCAGUCCCCGCUGUGAAGUCCAGCUGUCCGCCCCAGCCAUGGCCACGGUGCGGGAGAAGGCGGCGGCGCUCAAUCUGCCCGUCGCCCACAGACCCGUCGGCUUCAGCGUGGCUCAGAAGCCCUUUGGUGCCACUUACGUAUGGAGCAGCAUUAUUCACACCCUCCAAACACAAGUCGAAGUGAAAAAGCGAAGGCAUCAUUUGAAAUUUCACAACGACUGUUUUGUUGGCUCUGACGCUGUAGAUGUCAUCUUUUCUCACCUCAUCCAAAAUAAGUAUUUUGGAGAGGCAGAUAUUCCGCGGGCUAAAGUAGUGAGAGUGUGUCAAGCAUUGAUGGACUGUAAGAUUUUUGAAGCAGUCCCAACCAGAGUCUUUGGAAAAGACAAGCGGGCCGUAUUUGAAGAUAGUUGUUGCAGCCUUUACAGAUUCACCACGCUGACUAGCCAAGAGAAAAAUCAGAUGGGAAAAGAGAAUAAUCCAUGUCCACCUUCAAGCCUUGAGAAGACCACAUUAUUUAAUCCAUCAUCUAUCAAAAUGGAAAGUUUAGAGGAUUUCUGGGAAAAUCUGAGUCUAAAGCCUGCUACCUCCCCUCAAUUAAAUAACUCCAUAAGUUUGCCUCAGCAAGUUAUAGAUGAAGUAUGGCAAGAACAAACAAUUGGGCGUUUGCUACAACUUCUAGACAUCCCUCUUCUUGACUCCUUACUCAAGCAUCAAAAGAUGGAACCUAGAGUAGCUCAGCAGAAGAGGAAACAAGAGUUAAUCAACACCAGCAACUAUCUGGAUCGAGAGAUUCUCAAGGCUUAUGGUGAUUCCCAGGCAGAUGAGUGGCUCUCCGCGGCAAUUGAUUGCUUAGAAUACCUUCCAGACCAGGUGGUGGUGGAUGUAAGCAAAAACUUUCCGGAGCAACCGGACAAAGUAGAUUUGUGGAAAGAGCUUCUGUUUGAUACCAUUGGCAACCACUACAAUAAUAGGGAACCAAUGUUGAAUCACUUAUUCGAUAUCCACACUGGAAUUGCAGAGCUCCUAGUGAAUGGAAAAAUCGAACAGGCCUUAGAAGCGACUCAACUCUAUUUGAAGCUCUUGGAUUCCCAAAAUAGAGAGGAGUUCAGAAGAUUACUGUACUUCAUGGCUGUGGCAGCACGUCCUUCUGAGUUUAAACUUCAGAAAGAGAGUGAAAAUUGGAUGGUUGUGAAAAGGAUGUUUUCCAAAGCUAUUGUCAACACCAAAAAUGUAUGCAAAGGAAAAACUGAUCUUUUGGUUCUGUUUUUAGUAGAUCACCAAAAAGACGUUUUUAAGAUCCCUGGAACACUUCACAAAAUGGUCAGCGAUAAGCUCUUGGCUCUACAACAAGGAAGAGAUUCCAGCAACAAUACAGGAUUUUUUUUCUGCCAGAGGACUCAGCAGAAUGAAUGUUGCCCUGAUCCCCAGAAGACGACAAAAAACGAGUUAUUGACUUUGCUGAAAACUAUUGAUGAAGAUUCUAAACUGUCUCCCAGAGAGAAAAAGAAGUUGUUAGGUCAGUUUUAUACAAGUCAUCCAAAUAUCUUUAUUGAAUAUUUUGGAGACCGUGUUUCAAAAAUGUGUCUAUGACCCUUAUAUUUAAGAAUAAAAUGCAUAUUUGAAAAUGUGAGAUGUAAUCUACAAAGCAAGCUGCAAAAUACUAACUUAUUGUCUUAAAAUAUAACUCAAUAAAAUACA